AUGACAGGGAGACGGUUUUUGCACCCCGCCGCCCGCCUGGCUCCACCUCUAGCCUGUCAGGUCCGGUCACCGGCGUUUCCGCCUCUGCCGCCUCGCGGCGCGGAGUGUCUGGCGCCCGGCCUGCAGCCGUUGCCCUCUGCUCAGCAGCCCGGGGCCGCCUCACCCGCGCUGGCGAGGGGAGGGGAGGGGACCAGACUCGUCUGGGAACUGGCCUGGGCCGCUCCUGCCUGUGCCUCUGCCCGCUUCCUGCGCCUCCCUCCAGCCUCCCGCAGCCUCCCCGAUCAGGUUCUGCUCUGGGACCUCGGAUGCCCAGUCGCUGAGCCUCGCCCCACGGACCUGCUUCUCCGACGUCCCCAGCCUCGGCUCUGCGAGCUGUUGGGUCCUGAGCGCCCCACCACUUGGGGCCUGGCCUCUGUGUUCUCCAACCGUGCAUCCCGGAAGUCGGCCUCACGCACGGAGGACAGCAACAUGGCAGAGGACGAGGGCUACCGGAACCCCACGGAGGUGCAGAUGAGCCAGCUGGUGCUGCCCUGCCACACCAACCAGCGCGGCGAGCUGAGCGUCGGGCAGCUGCUCAAGUGGAUUGACACCACCGCCUGCCUGUCCGCGGAGAGGCAUGCUGGCUGCCCCUGCAUCACAGCCUCCAUGGACGACAUCUAUUUUGAGCACACCAUUAGUGUUGGACAAGUGGUGAAUAUCAAGGCCAAGGUGAACCGGGCCUUCAACUCCAGUAUGGAGGUGGGCAUCCAGGUGGCCUCCGAGGACCUGUGCUCUGACAAGCAGUGGAGCGUGUGCAAGGCCUUGGCCACCUUUGUGGCCCACCGGGAGAUCUCCAAGGUGAAGCUGAAGCAGAUCACGCUGCGGACCGAGGAGGAGAAGACAGAGCACAGCGUGGCAGCCGAGCGCCGGCGCAUGCGGAUGGUCUACACAGACACCAUCAAGGACCUCCUGGCCAACUGCGUCAUUCAGGAUGAUCUGGAGAGCAGAGACUGUAGCCGCAUGGUGCCAGCCGAGAAGACCCGAGUGGAGAGUGUGGAGCUGGUCCUGCCCCCACAUGCCAAUCACCAGGGCCAUACUUUCGGGGGCCAGAUCAUGGCCUGGAUGGAGAACGUGGCCACCAUUGCAGCCAGCCGGCUGUGCCGUGCCCACCCUAUGCUGAAGGCCAUUGAGAUGUUCCACUUCCGGGGCCCAUCCCAGGUUGGGGACCGCCUGGUGCUGAAGGCCAUCGUGAACAACGCUUUCAAGCACAGCAUGGAGGUGGGCGUGUGUGUGGAGGCCUACCGCCAGGAGGCCGAGACCCAGCGGCGGCACAUCAACAGCGCCUUCAUGACCUUUGUGGUCCUGGAUGCAGAUAACCAGCCUCAGAUGCUGCCCUGGAUUCGGCCCCAGCCUGGGGAUGGCGAGCGGCGGUACCGAGAGGCCAGUGCCAGGAAGAAGAUCCGCCUGGACAGGAAAUACAUCGUGUCCUGUAAGCAGGCGGAAAUGCCCCUCUCUGUCCCCUGGGACCCUAGCAACCAGGUGUACCUGAGCUACAACAACGUCUCCUCCCUGAAGAUGCUCGUGGCCAGGGACAACUGGGUGCUGUCCUCAGAGAUCAGCCAGGUCCGCCUGUACACUCUAGAGGAGGACAAGUUCCUCUCCUUCCACAUGGAGAUGCUGGUGCACGUGGACGCCGCCCAGGCCUUCCUGCUGCUCUCAGACCUCCGUCGGAGGCCCGAAUGGGACAAGCACUACCGGAGCGUGGAGCUAGUGCAGCAGGUGGACGAGGAUGAUGCCAUCUACCACAUCAUCAGCCCCGCCCUCGGUGGUGACCCCAAGCCCCAGGAUUUUGUGAUCCUGGCCUCUCGGCGGAAGCCUUGUGACAACAGGGACCCCUAUGUCAUCGCGAUGAGGUCAGUUACGCUGCCCACGCACCUCGAGACCUCGGAGUACAGGCGUGGGGAGACCAUCUGCUCAGGCUUCUGCUUCUGGCACGAGGGGGACCAGUUGACCAAGGUGUCCUACUAUAACCAGGCCACCCCAGGCUUUCUCAGGUACGUGACCACCAAUGUGACUGGCCUCUCCUCUGAGUUCUACACCACCUUCAAGGCUUGUGAGCAGUUCCUCUUGGACAACCGGAAGGAUCUGGCCCCCAGCCUCCAGACUCUCUAGGCAUCUUCAGUGGCCACCUCACGCCCAACUCCCACUCCAUCCUGCCCUGAGGACACACACGCAGUGCACUGAGGAAGGCAGAGGCAUUUAUUCCUUCCUGCCACCCCCGUGGGAAGCCUGGACCCAGGGCUCCACCAGCCCAGCACCCCUGGGUGGUCACUUUCUGCCAACAUCCGCCAGCAAGUCUUGGUAGGAACUCUGGGGUAGCCUGUAGUAGACUCGGGUCCUCUCCACGGCCCUGGCUGCCAGCAGCACUGCUCGCACAGAUGCAUAGCUGCCCCAGCCAGGGCUGUGUUCCACUGUGACAGUGGCCCGGGGGGAGGCUGCCAACAGCCUGGCCACGACUCCAGCCGUGCUCUGGCCCAGCGGCCCAGCCUGAAGCUGGAAGGACACGGGUUGCCAGAGGCCCUGGCACAGCUCCAGCAUAUCUGUGAGCAGCUGUUCCCUGUAGCCACCGCUCAGCACUUCCUCGGGCCAGCCUGGUGCCACCGUCACAUGGGGGAAAACCUCGGCCACAGCUGUAAGCAACUCCCUGCCAGUCACGUAGCCAGGGACCACAAAACUCCCAUGGGAGAUUGUGGCCCCGACCCACACAGGCCUAGGCAGGUGGCCAAGUGUGGAGAGGGUGGCCAGUGUGGCCAGGGAUGGCCGGAGGGCUGUGGGCUCUGCUAUGUGCACAUGGAUGCCCCAGCGUCCGGGGCGCGUGGCCAGCUGCAGCAGGCAGAACUCCAGUGUCAGGGCACGGCCAUCCGGGUCACGUACGACGGGCACGGGGUCCCCAGCUGCAGGCUCCUGGAGGCCAACUUUCAGCAGAAUCAUGCCUUCUCUGUCUGGAAGAGGCAAUGGAGGCCGCAGCGGGGUAACGGGAUCUGUCGAUCAGAUCUGGGUUCCAGGUGGAAGGGUUGCUUUAUGAAUGUGCCCGGGGCUCGUCAGAAUGAUACAAUGAGUUGCUAGCUCGGCUCUGGGCCCUUGCCUGUGGCUCAGCCCUGGGGCCCAUGCCCGCCUCUCUUGCAGCGUGAUGUGACUGAGGGCUCACAGGUGCUGAAGGCCCGGAGCCCUGCACUUUUGACAGCACUGUACUCCCUACCUUGCAGCUGUGUUGCUAUGGUAACGGAGAUCUGAGGCAGCUUCCCCAAGUGUAGGAAACUCUUGUGGUUGAGCUAGGAGCACAGGGGCUGCAGGUGGACCUUACCUGGGAGUCGCACUGUCCCUGUGCUCCUGUUGCCCUGGAUGUCAGGAACCAGCCACUCCACGCUCAGACCCUCACCCCCAGGGAGUUGGAGAAGGGGGAUCAGGCUGCCUCCCGUGUAGUAGUUUUGCUUCCGUGAGGCGUUCACUGUGGGGCAAAUGGCCAGGAUGAAGAGGCCGCUGGUCACAGAGCCCUUCUGUGCACCGCACAUCCUCUCUAAGCCUCACAGCAAGCUUCCUGGGAGCUGUAAUUCCCUGUUUUAUAGAUUACAGGUGAUUUGCCCAAGGUCCUGCAGCCAGUAAGCAGGGUUGCUGGGAUUGGAACCUGAUGGAGCCAGGUCCGUCUGGCCCCAAAGCUGGUAUUCCUCCCCCUCACCAAGAUGGCUCCCAAGGCAGGAAUGUUGGGUCUGAUGGGUCCCCUUUGAGAUGCUAACUGCAGGCUCUCCUAGGUUUGGAGUCAGGGGAGUGAGGUGUUUGGACAAGGUAGUGUCUGCAUCACUGAUUAGCAGGUACAGUGGAGGGGCCAUUCUCUGAAAUGCUAGAGUAAACCUUAGAGGAACUGUAUUGCAAGGGGAAGCAUUUGGGGUCUGGAAUUUGCUGGUUCCAGUAGGAGCUGUGCCAUGUUCAAGCUGAAUGACUUUGUAUAAAUUACCUAACUGUUCUGAAUCUCAGUUGCCCUAUCUGUAAAAUGGAAUCCCUGCUUCACAGAUCUAUAAAGCUUAGCAUACCGUACUGGGGUCUGGCAUACAACUGAUGCUUAAAACAAUUCCUUCCUCCUAUCCCUCCUAGGAUUUUCCCCUUCCAGUGCCCCAUCCCACCUAACUCUGCUGCCGUGUCUACCAAGUGCUGCCCUGUGCAGAAUCCGGCCCCACCGCCCUUUCCCACGCUGCCCAGACCCCUCCCUACUGGCGAGCUGCUUGAACUGUGACAGGAGAGGCUCGAAGAGGUCAUAGUAGACUUGGUGGGUGGCAGUGUUGUCCCGGACAUAGAGGAGA